AUGCGGCGCGCGGACGACGCGGACGACGCGGACGCGUUUCUCGCGCUCGACGCGCUCGCGUCGAGCGCUUCACGGGACGAGGAUGAAGACGCGAAGGGAAAGAAGAUGCGCGCGGCGACGGCGGCGAGCGCGUGGGCGUUCGAAGACGACGACGACGGCGCGUUGGAUUUCGAUGACGACGACGUCAGCGAUGGAGAGAUGUCCGUGAUGUCUCUCACGGCGUGGUUGACGGUGGUUGAACGGUUGAGCACGCUCGGGGCGGUGUCGAGCGGGUUGGCGUCGGUGGCGCUGCGGGAGGCGGCGCUGGGCGCGCUCGCGGGGACGCUGCCGCUGGUGGGAGCGCUGGCGCGGAGAACGAGGGAGCGACGGGUGAGGAAACGGCGAGCGGCGCUGGCGCUGGUGAGGAGAGAUGAGAUGCUGGCGUUGCGAGCGAAGGCGAGCCGGAACGUGACGAUACGGGAGGCGACGGCGCAGGCGGCGCCGCUGGCGGCGGCGGCGGUGCGAAGAGACGUGACGCCCGCGCUCGAGGCGCUCGCGAAUCGAUUAUCGAGCGUGGAACGAGCGCAAGUUGAAGCGGCGAAGACGGCGGCGGCGACAGCGCGAGAUAGUGGAGCGGUGGCGGGGAUGUUGGCGAGAGACUUGGCCGCCGCGCGCGUGGACGCUCGGGAGGGAAUCGCGAGCGUUCGCGACGAGUUUAGAUCCACGGCGCAGAGCGCCACGGGGGAGUUGAAGAAGGAGAUGACGAUGCUGUGGGAACUCGUGGAAAACGUGGAAAAGGACACCGCAGGAUUACGCGAACCCAUGGAAUCGCUUGCUGGGGAGAUACGUGACGUCGUCGAGGGAGUCGUGCGAGAUUCUGACGCGACGAGCGCGGCGACGGCGACGCUGUCGAGCGAACAACUCGCCGAGCUGCGCACCGCCGUCGCCGAUAGCACAAGCGCCAAAGUGCGCGAAGCGGUGGAGCAGUUGUUGGGAUCUAUCAAUGCUGUGACGGCAGAGGAUACUAUAGUGCAGAGUCUGGCGUCUAAGCUCGAUGAAAGUCAGUGGGAGGCGAUGAUUGGUCGUUUAGACGCCAUCGACGCGGGCGUGAACGCGUCCGACCGCGUCGUCGAGGACGACUUGGAAGACUUGCGAGUCGAGAUACGCCAAGAAAUUUCGCGGGACAUUCAGGGCAUCGUGGACAGUGUCGCCGAUCUGAAAAUGGCGCUGGAGACGUCGCAGCGACGAGACGAAUCGUCCUCUGGUCGAGGCGCGGGCGGCGCCGAAGCGGCGGCGGCGGUGAAGCAGUGGGCGGAGGACAAGUUGAAAGCUGCCGAGCCCUCGUCCGAGGUGGAGGAACAGAUGCAAUGGCAGGCGGCCAUCGUGUCCGACGAGGCGGCAGAGGAAGAAUUGGUGUGGGUCGGUGAAAAGUCGACGCCCACUCGAGAUUCACCCAAGAAAAAGGCGAUGAAUGCCAACGUAUCGCGAGAGGAGGCGUUUGCCAACAUGCAAGCCUUGUUGAACUCAAAACCACCGCCUCCACCGAGUGAAGACGGGGAAGUUUCUUCUUCUGCUACCAUCGAUCCCGACGAAGAGGUUUGGGAUCCCUUCGUCGGUGCUGCAGACGCAGAAAACGUGGCCAAGUACGAAGCAGAACUGAAGGAGAAGAUAGAAUCCUCGGAUACGCCCAACGAAAUCGCGGAGAAUUCUGAAAAGGGAUUGACGGCUUUGCGCGCGGGGAGAGACGUGGCGCGACGCGCUGGAAACGACGUGGAUAUGCUCGAAGAAGGCGAUGAGCUGUUUGCGGAAUCGAUUCAAUUUUUAGAGCUCGCAGUGAGUGGAGACUCGUCGUCGCGCGCCGUCGGGAAUUUAGGAAAUGCGCACCUCGCACGAGGGCGCGUCCAAGCCGUGCUCGCCGAGCUCGCUUUACGCGAAGCGGCAAGCGCGCGCGAUGCGCGCGUGAAUGUCGGUUUGGAUGGCACGGCGGAAAUGUACUUGGAACUUGCAGAGGAAAAUUUGGUCCAAGCAGGUCGAUAUUUUCGGGCGGCAAUAGUCUCAGCAGAGGCGGAAUCCGAGGAGAUGAAGGUUUCUCCAGACGGCGUCGCGAGCGAUACGAGCGGAAUCAAAGCUAAAGCCCUCACGGGAUGGGGCACCGCGUUGUCGCUCAGGAGCGAGUUGGUGCUCAGUAGUGAAGGCGCGACAAUGGAUGCUGAAUCUCUCGCCGUUGCCGCGGCGGAAAAGUUCAAAGCCGCGGCGGCGAUCGAUCGCGAUUCGCCAAAGAUUUACGUCUCUUGGGGAGACGCGUUACGCCUGAGCGCGUCUCUCGGUGAAGUGAACGAUGAAGAGGAGCGUUUACAACAAGCGAAAGGGUGUUACGGUGAGGCGUUACGUUUAUCGCCAGACUACGCCCUGGCGCUCGAAGCUCUGCGCGAUUUCGACCUUUAG